AUGGGCUGGUUUUGGGCAGAUCAAAAAAUUACAAGCAAACAUAUUGGUGGGACAGCAGCAGCAGCACCGUCCGGGUGCCCUGUAAUGCAGCAGUCGCCAUCACCACAACCCUCCGAAUGCCCAGUCAUGCAGGGCGAUAACGAAAGAAUAAACCCGCUGAACAAUAUGCCCGAGUUGGCCGCAUCCAGACAACCCGGCCAGAAGAUGGACUUGCCUAUUGACCGGACUAUCUCCAGCAUACCCAAGAGUCCCGAUAGUAACGAGUUCUGGGAGUAUCCCUCUCCACAGCAAAUGUACAAUGCUAUGGUCAGAAAGGGCAAAAUCAGCAGCACUGGCGAGGUCGCCGAAGAUGCAGUGGAAUCCAUGGUGCAGGUCCACAAUUUUCUCAAUGAAGGCUGCUGGCAGGAGGUACUCGAAUGGGAAAGACCGCACACAGACGAGAGUCACGUUCAGCCCAAGCUUCUGAAGUUCAUGGGAAAACCGGGAGUUUUGAGCCCUCGUGCUCGUUGGAUGCACUUGUGCGGCCUACUGUUCCCCUCCCAUUUCAGCCAGGAACUGCCCUUUGAUAGGCACGACUGGAUUGUCCUCCGAGGCGAGCGCAAAGCGGAACAACAACCACCGACCUUCAGGGAAAUAAGAUACGUCUUGGACUUCUACGGAGGACCUGACGACGAGAACGGAAUGCCUACUUUCCAUGUCGAUGUCCGUCCUGCUCUGGACAAUCUGGACAAUGCUAAAGACCGGAUGACCCGUUUCCUACACCGGAUGAUCUCGGGUCCGUCUUCCUCGUCCACAACCCCUUAA